UUAUUUUACAAAUACCCGCAAGCACAUGCUCCUGAUCAUACUGACAACAAGUUGUAUCCAUGAACAAAAUCCACUUGAACUUACGAAGGGAGUUCAGUAAUAACGGGAAUCAUCAAGUUCCAAAUCUUGAGGAGCUCAAAUGCAAAUGUGUGAAGCCACCCGCCAAGCAAAUAUUCUAAUCUUCUGUGGGACAUUAGCUUUUCAAAUAAUAUUCCAGAUCCUCCUUUCCCCGUUUACUGCUACACUAGAAUUUCCCAGAUUAACCUUGGAGUCCAUGAGAUUCUGUGCAAGCAUGUACGCACUCUUAACUGAAAACAUGCCACUUUUCUCAUGAUGCCAGGCACAAAGUUGCACUUGCGGAGUUGAAUUUGGAAGCAGGACUGGGUGCUAUUUUUUAAAAAAAAAUCUUGAAUUUGAAAUUUGAAAUUUAUAAGGGGAGGUGUUAGAGGCGGGGUCGGUCUGGGUCCGGUCCAGGAGGUAGGAGUAUUGUUUGGACGGACCGACUCGUCGUCUGGCCUGGCCUGGCCGUGAGAUAAAAAUUCCUUCUUUGUCGUCUCUGCUCUGGAGUUCAUCAAUGGCGGAUACAUACCGAGCAGGGGAGGGGAAGCAGAUCGGGACCGGGAUGCUGGAUCGGGCCAAGAGGGCGCCGCCGCCGGCAGCCGCCGAGAGGAGCGCCAAGAAGCCCUGCUGCCACCGCGGCCCAAGCGUGCCGGAGAUCUCCUCCCUCCUCUCCUCGCUCUCCGUCGCCAAGCGCCACUCCCCGGCCGCCGUCCACGACCACGACCACGCCCCCCUCAGCAAGCGGCCCCGUUACGACCACCACCAUGACCUCGACGCCCGGAUGCGAGGACUGGAGAUCAGCUGCGAGACGACGCAAGACAUGGAGGAGCAGGAGCAGGGGCCGGACUGGGCGGGCUUCCUGCCGGAGCUGCUGGGCCUCAUCUGCGGCCGGCUCCCUCUCGCCGACGUGCCGCGGUUCGGCGCCGUCUGCAGGCACUGGCGGUCGUGCGCGUUCCCGGUGUACCCGGCCGACGCCGCGCCCGUCCUGCUCAGCGCCACGCUCACCGCCGCCGGCGCCGUCCGCUGCUACAGCCCGCACCUGCACAGGACGUUCGUCCUCGCCGCGCCUCCCCUGCCCGAGGGCGGCAGGGUCUUCUCGGCGGGCGCCGGCGGGUGGGUCAUGCUCAAGACGCCGGGCAGGACCGUCGUGUUGGCCAACCUCCUGGACGGGUCCGUGCACGAGACGCCCGAGCGGGAGGGCGACGAUCGGGGGUUCAUGACCUGCGCGCCGCGCCGCCACGACAAUGGCCGCAACAACAACACCGGCAACCCUCCCAAUCCCAACGACUGCUGCUUCGACGUGUUCGCCGUCUUCUCCGGUAUGGGCACCGUCAGGGUCGAGAGCUGGGCCGGCGGCGGCGGCGGCUGGAAGAGCGUCGAGGAGCAGAGCGGGUUCAGAAUGUCCUGCUGCUGCUGCCCGGUGAUGCACAAGGGGAUGCUCUACUGCCUUGGACAGGAGGGUGCUCUAGGGGUCUACGAUCCCGGCGAGGCGACGUGGAGCGCGCUCCCCAAGCCCGCCGGCUUCGGCCCGGAGCUCGCCUACAAGAAUUGCCACCUCGUCGACUCGCGGUCGGAGCUGCUCGCCGUCCUGACGGGCAGCAAUGGAGCCCCGCCCAUCUACGUGCUGAGGCUCGACGAGGCCAAGAUGGCAUGGAAGAGGGUCAAGUCAUUGGACGGCCAGUCCCUUUUCACCGGAACGACGUCGUCGGUGUCGGUGGCAAAGCCGGCCAUCGAGUCCAUGGCCGACAAGGUGUACCUUCCCAGGCUCUAUGGCCGGCCGCAGGUGAUCCAGGCGGUGCUCGCCGCCUCCGAUGGUCGGCUCUUCUUCGUCGGCAAGGCGGCAGAGCUGGAGCAGCAGGGAUUGGUCACGGCGUCCGGUGGUGGGGUUGACGGCGGCCCCUGGUGCUACGACAUGGAGUCAGACUCCGGCGGACAAUUCCUGGGCUCCAAGACCCUGCUGCAGUCCUUUUGGGCUCAUCUCGGCGGCGCGGCGCCGCCGCUGCCCUCGCCGGAUGAGGAUGACGAUGAUGAUGAUGGAAUGGUUAUAGACUGACCGGCAUCCAUCCAUGAAACUGGUCUUGCCAUGUACAGUAGAAUACACUUGUAAUAAGAUUGUAUUAUGCUUAUCCUACAAAUCAAAAGGAAAAAGAUUGUAGUAUUAUACUUGCAUAUACUAUAUGAUAUUAAGAUUUUUUGAACUA